AUGAAUAUUAAUAUAUUAUUUUGUAUCAUAAAUAUUUUUCAUUUUAUAACUAAUAUUUAUGGUAGAAGUUCUGUAACCUCAAAAGAGUUAUCACAAUUAUUAUAUGAAUUUUCAACAUCUUCAGGUAAAGUUUCAAAACUUGUAGGUGAAAUAUCAAAAAAUACAAAUCAAACAGUUGUUGUUAAAAGAAGUUCAAAAAAAACAUAUUAUGGUCAUGGUACUGGAUAUAGAAAAUGUUUAAGAUUAAAUUAUUUAUAUACUAGAGAUAAAUAUCAUAUUCAUAAAAUUACACGUUUCCUAAUUCUUGGUGUAUCAAAAUGGAAUAAUUUUUCUGAAAGACUUGAAGCAAUUAAAUAUGCUCUUAAAAUUGAUAAUGUUAUACAAGAUGAGGAAAUUUCUGAUGAUGGUUUUACUUUUCAAAAUGUUCAUUAUGAAGUAAAAAAAAUUAUUCUUAAUUAUUUAUCAUUGUAUCCAUAUAAAAAAGAUUCUUUUUAUAGUAUUAAACUUGGUACAUGGGGAAGAGUUCAAGAUUUGGUUCAUUGUUAA